AAAGAUGUUGGACAUAGCGUAUGAAUUGGUGGGACAAGCCACGUCGAACUCUCUUCUUAUGUUCUGUUUCUGCAACCUCAUCAUAGUCAUGAUCAUCACCGGAUCAUCAAAACCCGGUUCGACCGAUUCUCAAGAUUACACAUUUACUACUUCUGUGAACUUCAAUAUGUGCAGCAGCCUUGCUUCUCAAGAUCAUGAUUGUUGUGAUGAUGAUGAUGAUCAUGAAGAGAUGAUUGUCAUUGAUGUUUCAUCUGCACAAGAUGAGCCGCUGACCGAUGCCUCAAGCAUUUCUGAAGGAUACGAGGACAAAGAAAGCAGCCAUUGUUGUGAUAAUAAUGGUGAGGAUGAUGAUGAUGAUGAUGAUGACAAUGAGAGCAAUGAGACUGAUGUUGAAGAGGAGGAAGAAGACGAUGAGUUAAGAAAGAGAGCAGAAGAGUUUAUAGCAAAAGUUAACAAUGAAUGGAAGCAUGAGAAGCUUAGGGCUCUAAGCUUAGUUUAUUGAUUUUGAUGAAACACACACACACAAAUGAAUCAAAUUUAAACCGUUUGUGUUAGUUUUAGACAUACUUUUUUUUUUAAAUUACCUUUGCGUAACUUUUCGUAUCAUUAUUUUUUUUCUAGGGUUGAAUGAAGUGUGACAUUAUUUUUUCUAUUUAGUCCUAAAUAUUUUUUCAUACAAACAGUAAUAAGUUUAACCUCUG